AGGAGUCCGCGCGUGCGCAGUGGGUCCAACUCUUAUGAAACCAAGCGGUCGGCAGGUAGAGUAACAUCAGGGACGUUUUAGAAGUCUUACAAGUGGACCAUUUAAAGACGGAAUGCACUUUUCUUCGGGUUUGACAUAGAUACCACCUGCGGGGGUCCAGUGCGAGAUAAACAUGGCCCCCAACUCCAUCCACUGGUUCCGGAAAGGUCUCCGUCUCCAUGACAACCCAGCCCUGAGGGAGGCAGUCCGGGGAGCGGGCACAGUACGCUGCGUUUACUUUCUGGACCCUUGGUUCGCGGGCUCUUCCAAUGUCGGGGUCAACAGGUGGAGGUUUCUUCUCCAGUGUUUGGAGGACCUCGAUGCCAGCCUUCGCAAGCUCAACUCCCGCCUCUUUGUCGUCAGGGGCCAACCCGCCAACGUGUUCCCGCGCCUCUUUAAGGAGUGGAAGAUCUCCCGCCUCACCUUCGAGUAUGACUCAGAACCGUUUGGGAAGGAGAGGGACGCCGCCAUCAAGAAGCUGGCCAUGGAGGCUGGAGUGGAGGUCGUCGUCAAGAUAUCGCACACCCUCUACGACCUGGACAAGAUCAUCGAGUUGAACGGCGGACAGCCGCCACUCACCUACAAGCGUUUCCAGACCCUCAUCAGCCGGCUGGAUCCUCCGGAGAUGCCAGCCGAGACGCUGUCGAACAGCCGGAUGGCUCACUGCGUCACCCCGAUCUCAGACGACCACGGGGACAAGUACGGGGUGCCGUCGCUGGAGGAGCUCGGCUUCGACACGGAGGGCCUGCCGACAGCCGUGUGGCCGGGAGGCGAGACUGAGGCCCUGACCAGGAUAGAACGCCAUCUGGAGAGAAAGGCGUGGGUGGCGAACUUCGAGCGUCCCCGGAUGAACGCCAACUCGCUGCUGGCCAGCCCGACGGGCCUCAGCCCCUACCUGCGCUUCGGCUGCCUCUCCUGCCGCCUUUUCUACUUCAAACUCACCGACCUCUACCGCAAGGUGAAGAAGAACAGCUCCCCUCCGCUCUCGCUGUACGGACAGCUGCUGUGGCGGGAGUUCUUUUACACGGCCGCCACCAACAACGCGCGCUUCGACAAGAUGGAGGGGAACCCCAUCUGCGUGCGCAUCCCGUGGGACAAGAACCCCGAGGCGCUGGCCAAGUGGGCCGAGGCCAAGACGGGCUUCCCGUGGAUCGACGCCAUCAUGACUCAGCUGAGGCAGGAGGGCUGGAUCCACCACUUGGCUCGCCACGCCGUCGCCUGCUUCCUCACCCGAGGCGACUUGUGGAUCAGCUGGGAGGAAGGGAUGAAGGUCUUUGAGGAGCUGCUUCUGGACGCCGACUGGAGCGUGAAUGCGGGCAGUUGGAUGUGGCUGUCCUGCAGUUCCUUCUUCCAACAGUUCUUCCACUGCUACUGUCCCGUGGGCUUCGGCCGGCGCACAGACCCCAACGGGGACUUCAUCAGACGCUACCUACCUGUCCUCCGAGGUUUCCCCGCCAAGUACAUUUAUGACCCGUGGAACGCGCCCGAGUCGGUGCAGGCGGCGGCCAAAUGCGUCAUCGGCGUCCACUACCCCAAGCCCAUCGUGCACCACGCCGAGGCCAGCCGCCUCAACAUCGAGAGGAUGAAGCAAAUCUACCAGCAGCUCAGCCGAUACCGGGGACUAGGCCUUCUGGCGUCGGUACCAUCAACCAACGGCAACGGGAACGGAGGAAUGAUGGCCUACUCCCCCGGGGACCAACAACCAGCCGCCAACAACAACAUCAACAACAACAUCAACAACAACGUCGCCCACCACAUACCUAGUGUGUCGGGAGGCUCGGUCGCCGGCGGCAACGGUGGCGGUGGAAUCCUUCAGAACUUUCAAAGCGAGGGACAAGCGAGGGGGCCCGGUCAGCAGAGAUUACCGCACGGUUUCCAUUCAGUGCCAGACAACAACGCGACUGUCGCCAGCAGUCACCUGUAUCACCAGUUUGCCGUGCCUCAGCAUCCAGGUCUGGCGCACGCCAGAGGCGGCAUCACAGGGAAGCGCGAGCGGGAGUCGGAACGCGAGGGCUCGAGCGAGGAAGAGUCGUCGUCCUGCUCCGCCCACAAGAUGCAAAGACAGAGUGCACAGACCACAUAACGAACAAAGACACCGGCUCCUUGAGAAGACGUCCUCUCUGACUUUUUUGUGCACCGCUGGAACUAACGAGGUGAACAUGCCACGGGAGGCUCGCACCUCCCUUGCACUUACAAAAAAAAAAAAAAAACACCUCAAAAAGUGUCCUCGGUUGAUGGAAGCUGGACUAUUUAUUUAUAGGGAAAAUCAAAACACAAGCAAAAAACAACAAACCAAAAUGUACAAAAUCUUUGUCUGACGGCAGAGGCCUCACUCCCGCUUUGAAAUAUGUAUGUGUAUUUUUAUAUAUACAUAUAUAUAAAUAUGUGUGUUAUUCUAUACCAAAGUGUAAUCUGUCCCAGCAGCCACCAGGGGGCUCCCUUUAGGACCGUCAUCCCAUGUAAUCCAAGGAACCGUCGCACUUUGCGUGGUUUCUGUCGGGCUCGCUUGUGUCGGCGGUUUAAAAACCUUUUCAUCGGCGACGUUCAAAGCGUGCUUACAAACGCCGCCGACUUCCUGGACUAUUUAUUUAUAAGGAAAAUCAUAACACAAGAAAAAAAAAAACAACAACAGACCAAAUUGUACAAAAUCUUUGUCUGACAGAAGAGGCCUCACUCC